GUUGGCACCGUUACCAACCACUUUGCUCGUUGCCAGAAUUAAAAUUAAAUUAACAAAUUGCCGCUAAAUUUGUCAAACUAGGGCAUACUGUUUUGAACAGGCUCUUGAACGCAGCCCCACUUCCUUUGCACUACGUCCACGUACCGUCAGUGAUGGAUGGCGUCCCUAUUAAACACAUCCCGGUUAUAGGAGAUUAAACGACAUGCUUUUAGAGCUACAUUUUAGACAUGUUUAGAUAUUGACGUUCAAUUAUUGCUUAUAUUCUCCCAAUGAAAGGAUCAGAAGUUUUCCCUACCUACUGUAGUAACGCGCAGUGUAAACACGGAAACGAAUAAGUGUCGGUGGCUCGGUUAUUGUUACAUCCAUAGACUGUUUAAAAUGCGUUAAAUCACACCUGCAUUGAGGCUGACUUACCUCUCAGAUGUGAAAAUGGAUGAUAAUCGCUCAUUGACAAAACGCCACCCAGUUCCUUCGAGUCUCCUGCUGGAUCAUUUGUGGCAAGCACCAUCAUGAGCGUGUAUGCAUCUCCUUGUGGUUCAGGUGUGUUGAGUCCCUCACAAACAGAUUGUGCCAAGAAGAAUUUUAUAAUGAUGCUCCCAGAAGAAAAACUCAGGAUGUUUGACAGCCGAGCUCAGGCCCAUGAAGACAACCAAGAGUUCGAUGCCUGCAUCCAGGACCUUGUGCACUGUGUGGCUCUGACAAGGCUGGUGUACGGGGAGGGACAUCUGAAAGUAGCCCAGGCCCAUGCCAGACUGGCUAAAGCAUAUUUCCACUUCAAAGGCUUUGGACUGCAGGCCCAGAAGCACUCGGCCCAGGCCAGAGAGCUGCUUCCUUCCAUCUCCUCCUGCAGAGAUGACAAACUUGAAGUUCUCACAUGUCUUCUGGGCGUACACCUCACACAGGGAGGAGCUGCACUGCUUACAAACACUCUUGAGGAGGCGGAAUCCUUUUUUCUGGAAGCAAAAGUCAUUCUGGAUGAGCUUCAUCACUACAGUGGCAUCAACCAGGAAGAGAAGAUUAAAACUGAGCUGGAAAUAUCCACUGGUCUAUGCAGGGUCUAUAAGAGACAGAACAGGCCAGAGGAGGCCUUAAGCCAGUGUGAGAAUUGUCUUCAACUGCUGAAGGACUGUGAUAAGCCAGAGAAGACCUGCUCUGUCUAUAGAGACAUGUCCACCAUUGAACAGGAAAAAGGCAAUUUGGACAAAGCCAUAGAACAUCUCUCCAAGGCUCAUGCCAUUGCUAUGAGUCACAACCCAGAGGAGCUGGAGGGGGCUCAGAUCUCCCACAGCCUAGCCCUCAUCCUUUCUGCUGCACCACAGCCUCAUCACAGUGACUCUGCAGGUCCCUACUUUGAGCAGAGUCUAAGUGCAUACAAGAAGUGUGUAGGUCCACAGGAUCCAGCCUUUCUCACUGCCCAGGAUGAUUUCUGUAGUUUUCUCCUCCUCAGUGACCAGCAAGAGAGAUGUGUAGAGAUCCAGGCAGCCUCUCUUUCUUCAAAGAGGUCUACAUUUGGCGACCUGAGUGCUGAGGUAGCAGACACCCUUCAGCUGAUAGGAAGUGUGGAGAUGACUCAGGGCAAGGUGAAGCAGGCCCACAGGACUAUGACAAAGUGUCUGGAGAUCCAAAGUUUGUUGUAUGGUCCUCAGCACAAGAAGGCAAGGGUUACACAAAAAGCAGUGGACAUGUUGGCUCGGGCACCAGAAGUGGCUGAGAGGUUACAGAGGCAAGGUAGAAGAAAAACAAAAUCUCACACAUUUGCAGUUGUAUCAUCAAGUGGCAAUGAUGGAAAUUCUGUCUGACUGAAGUCUUUUUUGUCUACAAAAACUUUUGAAUGUUUGGAUUAAGAACCAGUGCAUUUUUUUUUUUCAUAAAAUAUGUCUGUUUAUAUACACUGAGCUACAACUAACAAUUAGCUUGCAUUACUGCAGUCGUGUUCACUGGCAGUACAUGAUGUUGUAUCACUCACAUUAAAUUAAGGAAAAAAGUUGCACUCAAAAAACAUACCCAUAACAGGUUUUAAUUGUGUUAAGAUGUGAAUCCAUUUCCAAAAAAGGGUUAGAACCAAUUUCAGCCAAAGAAAUAAUUGUUCAAUUGAAGUAAUUAUCUCAAUAAAAACAAUGUUUUUGGGCCAUCUGUGGUGACAAACACUGAACGCACGCUCAUUAAACAUUCUAUAUAUAGCAAUAGAUUUUCUGUACACUGAUGUACACAGCUAGUUUGAUAUGAAAUGGCGCAUAGUAUCCAGAUUACAGGGUGUACAUACAAUCUGUAUGCAGUAAUUUAACAGAUUACUUAUUAAACCACAAACUGUACUUAUGUAAUAGUGCAUUGUUUAAUUGAAUGCAGGUUGCAGAUGAGAAAAUGUAUAUAAAUUGGCUGUCUGCACCAUUAAAUUCAACAAAUGUUUCAUUUUGUAGAUUUCUAACAACAGAUUUAUAAAAGCAAGUUUUAACAUGAUAGUGCCGGAAAUUCGGUCUGUGAGGACACUGCUCAUUUUGUAAAACAGGUAUCCAGGCAGUCAUCAUAGUGAACUAUUUCUGCCUCUGCAACUAUUACACAACACAACAAACCCUAGUGAGCACUCAGUGCCGCUAAGCAGAUGAUCCAAAAAUAAUCACGGUCAUGAACACAUUCUUACUGUAAGUCAGAGCACAGGUGUCAAAAGUGAAUCCUUCAAGCCAACACUGUGAUUACUGAUGUGGACAUGCAAAAGGUGCUCAGACCAGACAUGCAUCAAAACCAGACACGAUUUUACAGCAUUUUCCGUUAACAGUUGCUGUUGCUGCAUCCUUUGAAUUCCUUAAUAUUUUAGUAUCUUUUUAUUUCAUCUUGCUGUUUGCUUUUCAAAUUGACAGCCCUUUGUUGGAGUUAUAAAUGGUAUAAUUCACCGUCUCAUUAUCAGAGCUAAAUGUUGCCUGUUUGGAAAUGAUACCGAUACGGUACUGAUACCUAAAGUUAAAUCUUUUUACAAACAUGUUUCAUAAUGAGAACACUGUAACCCAGAUUUGGUUAAAUAAUGGUCAGUUCUUAUUUUCAGAUUUUUCUAAAUGUGUAAUAUGCCAUUAGUUGUAAAGUUAAAUAUUCUGAUAAUACUUUGGCAGUUAAUCACUUAAGUGCCAUAUUUACUUGCAGUACACUUUCAAAACUUGCUAAAUUUCUAAAAACUUUUCAUUUCUACAUUCCCAAUAGACUGCCCUCAGAUACACACUCAAAUAUAUUCUGUACACAUAAGUGACUAAAAUAAACUGUUUCAUUUCCUUUGGCAGCAGUGGUCAAGACAAAAGGAAAAAUGUCCGUCUGCAAAGAGUGCACAGCACCUCUCAACUCCAACUGUCAUAUGUUGGUCUGUAUUAAAUGCUGGUACCAGAGAGACUCAACAUUAUAGCAUACACAGCAAUGAUGUGAUGGUUGGGUUGAUGGCAUGCUGGAAACUGCAGAACAGGCUUUUCAACUGUACAGCACAGGUUAAUACAAAAAUAGAGAAAUCUAUUCAGCAUAAGCAGUCCUGUUGGAAAAUAAACGGCAACCUGUAAAAAGAUUAACGCAUACAGUACAGCACUCAUUAGUAUUUACUACCAUAAAUGAGUAAUAUAUAAAUGUUAGAAUCCUCAUCCAUAUUAGUU